AUGUCAGCAGCUACCGACUCGUCCCACAUCGACCUCAUCAAGGGCGCCUUGGACCUCGAUCCUUGGUUGGAACCCUACUCCCAGGCAUUGAUCAGUCGUCAGCUCCAGUUCAGAAAGUGGCACGCCGACUUGGCCCAAUCCGAGGGCUCGUUGGCCCAGUUUGCCUCGUCGUACCAGUCCUACGGAGUACAUGGCGACUGGAGCUCCAAGAAGAUCGUGGUCCAGCAGUACAUUCCUGACGUCGACGAGGUCUCCUUGGUGGGUGAGUUCAACAACUGGGACAUCAAUGCCCACAAGCUCCACAAGGCCAACGACUUUGGCUUGUGGAAACUCACCAUCGACCCCGUAAACGGCGACUUUGCCAUUGCCCACGAUUCCAAGUACAAGAUCGCCAUGAAAAAGCCCGACGGCGAGAUCAUCUACAGACUCGACCCCUGGGUGUUGAGAGCAACCCCAUCCACAGAAAACACCUUGUACGAGGGCCGCUUCUGGAACCCGGACCCUUCAACCACCUACCAGUUCAAGCACAAGAGACCCACUUUCAACAAAAAAGAGGGGAUCAAGGUGUAUGAGGCCCAUGUGGGGAUUUCGACCCCCAAGCCCGAAAUCGGAUCUUACAAAAACUUCACCAAGAACAUCUUGCCUUUGAUUCACGAAUUGGGCUACAACACCAUCCAAUUGAUGGCAGUCAUGGAGCACGCCUACUACGCUUCGUUUGGCUACCAAAUCACCAAUUUCUUUGCUAUUUCUUCCCGUUACGGAUCCCCAGAGGACUUGAAGGAAUUGAUAGACGAGGCUCACAGAUUGGGUAUCAAGGUUUUGUUGGACAUUGUCCAUUCACAUUCUUCCAAGAACGUGGAAGAUGGUAUUAACAAUUUCAAUGGAACCGACCAUUACUUGUUCCAUGGCGGUGCCAAGGGUAACCAUGACUUGUGGGACUCCAGAUUAUUCAACUAUGCAAACCAUGAAACCUUGAGGUUCUUAUUGUCUAACUUGAAGUACUUCCUUGAUGUGUUCAAGUUCGAUGGUUUCAGAUUCGAUGGUGUUACAAGUAUGCUUUAUACUCACCAUGGUAUGGGUUUCGGUUUCAGUGGUGACUAUAACGAAUACUUCAACCCCGAGUGGGUCGAUCAAGAUGCUAUCGUUUACUUGAUGUUGGCCCACAAGCUUUUAGAAGAAAUCGAGGUCCCUGAAAAGGACUUCAAGUUUCUUUCCAUUGCUGAAGAUGUCAGUGGAAUGCCAACCUUGUGUCUUCCAACUAGCCAAGGUGGUAUUGGAUUCGAUUACAGAUUCUCCAUGGCCAUUCCCGAUAUGUGGAUCAAGAUCUUGAAACAUUUGUCCGAUGAAGAGUGGGAUCUUGGAUCCAUUGUCUUCACUUUGACCAACCGUAGACAUGGUGAAAAGUGUAUCAGUUACUGUGAAUCCCACGAUCAAGCCUUGGUUGGAGAUAAGACCAUUGCCUUCUGGUUGAUGGACCAAGAGAUGUACACUAACAUGUCGAAAUUGUCACCUUUGACUCCCGUUGUUGAUAGGGGUAUUUCGUUGCAUAAAUUGAUCAGAUUGGUUACCUUUUCCUUGGGAGGUGAAGGUUACUUGAACUUCGAAGGUAAUGAAUUUGGUCACCCCGAAUGGUUGGACUUCCCAAGAGCCGGAAACCAGGAGUCGUACCAUUACGCUAGACGUCAAUUUAACUUAAUUGACGAUGAUUUGUUGAGAUACAAAUUUUUGUUUGACUUUGAUGGUGCCAUGCAGCACUUGGACACUAAGUAUGGUGUUUUAGACACUCCACAAGCUUAUGUUUCAUUGAAACACGAGGGUGAUAAGGUUUUAGUUUUCGAAAGAAAUGGACUUUUGUUUGUGUUCAACUUCCACCCUACCAACUCCUACCCUGACUACAAGAUUGGUGUUGAGACCCCCGGUGUCUAUCAGAUCGUCUUGAAUUCAGAUGAUGAUAAGUUUGGAGGCCACAACAGAAUUCUGGAAGUUGACGAUAAGGGAGAGAAGCUUCAAUUUUUCACCAACAACGAAAGAUGGAAUGAUAGAUCAAACUCUUUGAUGGUUUAUAUUCCAUCCAGGACCGCGCUUGUUUUACAGCUUAAAGACAAGGUCUGA